AUGCAAACUUGCGUAUUCCCAGGCCGUCAAGAAACAAAUAAAGUAAAGAAAAAAAAGACACAAGAUAGAGCAUGCGCAAGCAAGCAAGUUGGAAUUCACGAUACAUUGAGACUACCAUCUCCAUCCCUCCCCUUUUCGCCUCUCAUCACCCCCGCACCGAUCCGCAUCGCCUCCCCCAAUCCCAACCCCCGCAACUCGCGUCUCCCCCCCGUCUCUAAUUCGACACUCCGCCCGCAUCACAAACCCAAACCCCCAAACCCAUGCUCCUCAUCCCCCUCAUUCCCCCUUCAUGCUUCCUCUCUCUCUCUCUCUCACACACACACACACACACCCAAAUACAGCCCUCGGUUACUUGCAUCCAAGCCCCCCCCCCCGGCCUAA